CUGUCUACCUUUUUAAUGACACUUUUCCAGUCACAUGAGACAUAUACUGACAGUCCAUUUAUUACGCAGACAUGUGACUACAUAACUUGUGUCUUGUUAAAAAGAGCAGUGAAGAAAGCUUUGUUAGGUGAGAGAAAAGAGUUGCCUCAAAGAAGAAGGUCUGUUCAACAGCAGCACAGGAUGCGUCUGCUGUUCCUCGUCAGCGUCGUGGUGACGGUCUCCAUCGCCUGGGGACGCCCUCAGCUUCCUCUUCUCUCCUCGGAGAUGGUGGACUUCAUCAACAAGGCCAACACCACCUGGACGGCUGGGAAGAACUUCCAGAAUGUUGAUAUCAGCUAUGUGAAGGGACUGUGUGGCACCUUCCUGAAUGGACCCAAGCGGCCAGAGCUGGCCCAUAACAUUGAAGGAAUAAGGCUUCCUGACAGCUUCGACGCUCGGAAGCAGUGGCCCAACUGUCCCACGAUCCAGCAGAUCAGAGACCAGGGCUCCUGUGGAUCCUGCUGGGCCUUCGGGGCAGCUGAGGCAAUAUCUGACAGGAUGUGUAUCCAGACUGGUGGUAAGAUCUCUGUGGAGAUCUCUGCUGAAGAUCUGCUCACCUGCUGUGAUGAUUGUGGCAUGGGCUGUUUUGGUGGUUAUCCGUCUGAAGCCUGGGACUACUGGGCAACCAAAGGGCUGGUGACAGGAGGCUUGUACAACUCUGGAGUGGGCUGCCGACCCUACACCAUCCCUGCCUGUGAACACCAUGUGAAUGGAACUCGUCCUCCCUGUGGGAGCAUCGGGGAGACUCCCAAGUGUGUGAUGCAGUGCAUUGAUGGAUACUCGCUGUCAUAUCCGAAGGACAAACACUAUGGCAGGCGUACAUACAGCAUCCCGUCCCAGCAGGAGCAGAUCAUGACUGAGCUGUACAAGAACGGGCCUGUGGAGGCAGCUUUCAGCGUAUAUGCAGAUUUUCUGCUGUACAAGACUGGUGUGUAUCAGCAUGUGACUGGAGACAUGCUGGGCGGUCAUGCCAUUAAGAUCCUGGGCUGGGGGGAGGACAACGGGACGCCCUACUGGCUGGCUGCAAACUCCUGGAACACUGACUGGGGAGACAAAGGUUUCUUCAAGAUCAAGCGCGGAAGUGAUGAAUGUGGCAUUGAGUCGGAGAUGGUUGCAGGAACCCCACAUAACUAGAUGUAAAGAGUCCUGGCAGCAGACAGUCAACAAAUCAAUUAAAGCAAUUUACAGCAGCAUGUCUUGUUGAAUAAUUGUGUAUUUCUGUACUUAAAGACAAUUUAUGAUACAAAACA